CGUAAGCGCACCACACGGCCGAGAAUGCUCGUGAGCAGCGCCUGCGCCUGGCAUGGACGUGCCGCUGGUGCCAGUGCCAACGACGGCGGCCGACGACGACGCGGCGGCGGGGUCGCCGUCGCCGUCGCCGGAGAUGGAGAUGGAAGAAGACGGCGGCGGCGGCAAGGUGGUGUACGUGGCGGUCAGCGGCAACAGGAACAAGGCGCUGCCGACGCUGCGGUGGGCGCUGCGUCGCCACGCCCCGGCGCCGGAGGGGAGGAAGAAGACCGCGCUGCUGGUGCUCGUGUAUGUGCACCGGCCAGCCACCAUGAUCCCAAUCUUCACAGGAGCAAAGGUGCCUUCAAUUGUUCUCAAGGAUGAAAUAGUCACUUCUUACCGGCAGCAAGAGAGGAGGAUUACUGAAAAAUUUCUCCAACAAUACCUGGACAUCUGCACAUCUGAAAAGGUUCAAGCUGAGGCAUUCAUGAUUGCGAAUGACAACAUUGCGCAUGGCCUCAUAGGGGCAAUUCAAGAGCAUAAGAUCAGCACACUCAUCAUGGGAGCUGGCAUAUAUGGGAAAACAAGCACCCAAAGGACAAAGCUAGCAAUCACCAUGGAGAAGGAAGCUGAUCCAUCUUGUAAGAUUUUGUUUGUCCACAAGGGAAAUCUAUUCUCCAUCAGGCCCAGGACUACAAGCAUCCCCAUCUCUGUGAAUAGUGAUGUUCCUACUAUGGCAGGUUCUCACAUACCUUGGUUCAGCUUCAUUCCUCCUUGGCACCAUGAUGACCGCAGCAGCGUCACAUCUUCUUCCUUCCUCACCGACUCGCAAACCAUGACCGACAAUGGGCUUGAUCCAGAAAAUCUAGACCACCAAUUCUUCGAAAAUGCGAUGCCCAUGUUCGAUUAUGACAGCUUCAGCCUUAUCAGACAUGAAUCCCUCCAUGGCCUAAAUGAGAUAGCUAGCCAGAUCAUACUGUCUGGCCAUUCACAGUACUUGCGCCAGUUGAAUUUCGAUGUAAGCUGCAAUGAGGAAGUAAGAAACCGCCAGUUCAUUCACGGUAUCGACUCGAUCCUCGGAGUCGAUUCGAUGAACCUUGAGGAGGUGUACUGGAAGGCCUACAUGGAGGACAAGACAAUCAAGUGGAUUUAUCUACUGGAGUACAUCCAUAAGAUUGUAUCAGUCUCACUGAAGCAAAUCCAGGAGCAGCAUGAUGGUGCCUCUAGUGGCCUGACACUUGAAGGCCUCUCAGAUGCUGCAACCAAGCCUAUCAAUCGAUUGCUCACAUUUGCGUCGACGGUCAGUAAGGUGAAUGGUUCGCCGGAGAAGCUCUUCCAUACGUUGCAGAUGCACAAGGCAUUGUCAGAAGCUUCUCCGAUGAUCCAACAAGCCCUCUUGGGAGAACAGAAAGAGUUCUUCGUCAGAGAGCUUCACAGAAUUCUUGACACGCUGGAGGACUCUGCAAGGGAAAUACUUGGUAAGCUGAAAGUCCAGAUUCAAUCACAUGAUUCACCGAUCAUACCAGGAGGCAGUGUACACUUGGUUACAACAUACCUCAUGAGAUAUAUCACAUUGUUGGCACAUAACACCAGCUCACUGAACACCAUUCUAGGUCAUGAUCAUAGUGACCAUCUGUUGGCAGCUGACGGAAUCAACUUGCUGUUGCCAAGCCACCUAAUUUCUGGCUUGAUAUUCGAUCUUGGCUCGAUGCUUCAGAAGCAGUCUAAGCUGUACAAACCUGAAGGAUUGCAGUACCUGUUCCUUAUGAACAAUGAGCAUUUUAUUCUUCAGCACUUUGAGCGGGAAGACAUAAAACUUAUGAUAGGAACUGAGUGGAUUCAAAAGUACUGUCAUAACAUCAACCGAUACAAAGUGAAAUAUAUAGAAGCAACAUGGGCUACUGUGGUAUCUUGUUUGGACAAGAAGAUCAGCAUUUCACUAAAUUUUCUGCAACCUUCACCCUUGAAAGAAUUUAUUUCCUCUUUCGAAACAGAGUAUAGACUCCAGAUGCACUGGAAGGUCCCUGAUCCAAAGCUCCGUAUUGAGCUGAGACAAACUGUCUGUGACUAUGUUCUGCCAGCCUAUUGUGAAUUCAUGGAGAAGCAUCCAAAUUUAGAGAAAUCAGGGGACAAUCUUGAAGAUAUCAGGAACAAAUUAAAUGAACUGUUUGAAGGAUGAGUUGAUACUUUUAUGAUUACAAAAACAAAUUCUUACUUGUUCUCUUGUUCCUUCAAUUCAUGCAAGGAAAAUUGUAACACAUACUAAUUCAAUGAUUGUUAAAUUAACUUUUCAUUAUGCAACAUUACUUGCCAGUAAUUGCGUAUUUUGAUGCGUAAGUUGAGUUGACAGUAAUGUUGGAUAAAAUCAUAAAAUACUUUUUUAUUUCA